AUGACAUACGAAUUGCCAUCUGUACAAAACAAAGCUAGAAAUGGUUACGGGAGGGUUAACGGUGGGAAAAACUUCAUGGCGCGGUCCUUGCCAUUUACUCCUCCAUCAUCUCCAAGUUGCAAUGGUAUUCCAUCAGCACUUUCAUUUCAUGCUGUUCAUCAAAAAAUUACACCCACUGCUAAUUGCUUGGCUGAUUCGCUUGGCGUAUCACCUCUUUACCAACAACAAAAUUCGGCUCGUUGGCAAAGUGCUGCCCAGAUUUAUCAAAGUAGCCGUACACACAGUCGUGCUCAUAGUCCAGCACCAGAUGGAUUUCAUGAAGCAUUCAUGUAUCCAUCAAGUUUGACUCCGGCUCUGAUAUCAGAACAUCUUUCAGCUGUUUACAACACUUUCGGAACGCCACUUUCUCUAGUAGAAAUAGGUCGUGCCAAUCGAAAACGUCAUGCUGAAACGAAUGGUGCUCUUAAUGAACACAGUUUUGGAGGUCCUUUGGAGUUAGAAGCGAUAGCUGCCGUACAUGAACUUUCGAAUGAUGUACGUUCAAUCGCUGUAUCCGAAAUCUUGCCACGAACUGCUGAUUUAAUUUUCGUGAACAUAAAAACUGUUGAAGGGCAUCCUUAUACUCUGGAAUUAACUAUGAAAGGAUGGAGAAUCGCAUCUUUACAAAGUGAUAGUAUGAAUGGUGAUUACAAACGGGUGGAUUUGCACACAAAGUAUUAUGAAAAUGCUUGUCAACUUCUUGAAGAAAUUUCUCCAGCUCACUCAGAAUACUUCACCAAGUGUUUGACUGAGAAGCUUGCUCAGCUUCACAUUUGGAGAAAAGCUCAGGAAGAAGCGGAAUCAGAAGAAAAAUUAUCGGAUCAGGAAGCUGAUUCUCAAGCAGAGGAUACAAAGGAACGUGACCAAGAAAAUGAUGAUUUAUCAGAUGAAGGCCUUGUUUUCAAUGUACACAAAAGUAGUAAUAGGUGA